GUCACGCACCUUUAUCUCUUUCUGUCAGCUGCCUUUAUCACCUCCAGGGCUGAAUUCCAUGGAAAAAUUGUAACUGAAAGCAAUGUAAACCUUCCACUUGUUUGUUUUUUUUUCCAGUGAACACAUCCCCUCUUUGUUUGCUAAACAACAAAGAGAGGAUAAGGGGAAAAGUGAGGAGCUUUACCCAAUUUCACAGCACUCACAAAGUUCAUGACAAAAACAGACAAAGCUUUGCCUUGCUCAUGUUUGAAGCCCUGAGCAGAACAACAGCUGGGACAUCCUCUGGAUUCUCCCUGCCGUGGUAGGGAACACGAUGGAGUUGUGAGCACAGCAGCUGCCAUCAUAACUGACAUUCCUUGGAUAAAUGCAGAAUAUUAUCCAAAUCCACGGGGUGUUGCUUGCACACAGCAGCAUCCCACUGCUCAAGUUGCUCUUGGCUGGGGUCACCUCCAGCUUAAGCUGUUUUUAAAAACAUCAAUAAAAAUUGUACAUAAAGGAGAGUGGUGAUUUCACCUCUCAUCUUCCCAGUCAAUUGCAUUCUUUCCAACUGUAGGAAAUACCACAUGGAACAUGCUCAGACAAGCCAGUGUUUACACAGUCACUAGGAGCUGCAAAAUUAAUCAGAGAAGCAGUGGAUGCCAGCAAAAAGCCACUCCAGAAAAAAAAACCCCAAAACAUAUGUCUCCUUUCAAAAGAAAAAUCUGCUUUUUCACAGCUACAAAGGAUUGAAAACAAAUUUGAUCAUCAAACGUGGAGCUGUGCCAAAUCACAGGCAGCCAGAAAAAAGCUUUGGCACGGAAAGAGCUUUGUUCUGAUGUGCUAUAGAUGGCAAGAGGAACAAAGAUGAAACAGCUCUGAGUGAGAAAAAGAGCAACAAGAUUGCUCCAGCCCACAGGGAGAGAAGCUCUGCUGUUCUCCCCCCUGCUCACUCACAGCCCUGUUUGCCUGAGGGCCCUGCUGUGAUCUCUGGCCCGUCCAGAAUGUCCCCUCUGUCCCCCAGGGCAGCCUGGGGACGCUGCAGCCCUGCCAGGAUCCAGGCUGUGCAUGGAAAAGGCUCAGCUGCGACAUGGGCACCCUCAAAGAGCCCAAGAAGGGACAAUUUCAGGGAGCUGGGAGAUUCCAGAAGAUUCCCAGCACAGAAGGAAAAAUUUCCCUGCUCCCUGCAUCACCCACCUCGCUCCCCUGAAGGGAGCAGCUCCUUCCCUGUCCCAUGUGGCAGCAACACCCCCGUGCCCACGGCUCUCCUGCUCCCCACAUCCCACCUCUGGACAGCCAGCAGGGCCAGAGAACACAAACUGGAGGAGCUGUGGAGAAAAUCGCCCCAAAAUAAAUUAGAGCAACUCAAGAAGAGGAUCCAGGAGCAGAAGAGAAGGCAGCAAGCAGCAGCCCGGGAGCAGGAGCGCCUGGUUUUUGCUAAAGAGCCCCUGCCAAAGAGAGCCCUGAAAAGAAAGGUUUGCAGGGUGUCCUCUGCUCCUCCUGCUGCAGCUCACACAGACCGAAGAGAGAGAAGCUCAGCAUGGAGAAUUCAAACAGAACACCAGAGGCAGCUUUCAUCUAAGUCUUGUGUUCUGGAGAGAGCAGUGGCAGGGAAAGGUGUGAAUCUGCCUGGUGUUUUUGCGUGGAGAGAAGGUCAGAAGUUGGCUAGAAGGCUGCUGGAUCCCCCUCCACUUCCACUUUUGAGGAGCAGAACUGGAGAGCAGAGCACAGCAAAGGCCCCUGAACCUUUGGAAGGAGGUCCAGGACUUGGGGCAAUGCCACUGAAGGAAAACAGCUCCAGAGUGAAGGGAAAUGAAUUUGUGGGGAAGAGUCCUGGAGCUCAGAGUGCUGAAAGGGGCAGCAGGGCACCCACAGAAGAUACAAACCAAGCACUCAGGAACCUUCCCUUGCAAAGCCAGUCCUGUGAGGAGCACAGACAUUUCAGGCUCCCCAGAGAUGCUGUGAAACACCAACCCCAAGGGAUCCAUUCUCCUCCUCCUGGACUUUCACUAAGGAAAUUUGGAGCCAAGCCCAGCACCUCGGGAAGCUGCAGCAGAGGGAAAAGUGCCUCUCCUCAGAGACAGAAAGGGUCUGAGAAAGAAAACCUGAAGCAACCUUCAAAGAGGAGGGUAAACCUUAAAAAACCUCACCCCUACAGCCCUGAAAGUGUUCGGGAAUUUAUGUAUCAAAAAAAGGCAGAAAGAAAGAAAAAACUCCUUGAAGAGAAAAAGUCCUUGGCACAGGCUGCAGAAAUGAGGGAAAAGAGGUUGCAAGAAGUGUACAGGAAACAAAAAGAAGCUGUUGGGAAGAAAUCGUGUCCUGAUGAGAUGCACAAACCCAUUUGGAACACGGGUUUUGCCAAAGGAAAUCCUCAGUGUGACUUUGAGCAAGAGAAAACCAGUGGGGGAGUACUGGAAAGGAGUUUCACUGCCUGGGUGGAUGAAACAUCCUCUCCUCUGGCACCUGAAGAUCACAGAGGCAGGAAUCAACUCCUAGAAACGGCUCAAUCACCUAAAAAAGGAGAGGCAUCAGGUCCUGCAGCACCACUGGAACCCGAAUGCUGGAUUCUCAGUCCUCUGAAAUGUGAAGACUUGAGGGACUGCUCCCCCCCAGCUCUGCAUUCACCUCCUCUGAGCUUUUCUGUUCCUCUGAAAGAUGCAAAACCUUCCUCCAAGGACUCAUCUUUUGGACUUUCUCCACACAGAAGCAAAGAGGAUCGAGUGGGGGCUGUUCACAGCCUGUGCAGGGAACUUGCAGAGAAGAUUGACGUGGUGAGGAAAAGGCUGAGAGCAGCGAGCUGGGUUAAAUCCUCUGCUGACAAACAAUCACCAGAGACAACUCUGCACCUUUACAGUGAUCCUCCCUCUGUCCCAGAACCUGAGACUUCCAGGGAUGGGCAAGAGAGGACAAGGACUGCACAAACGCUCCUGGACACCACAGAUCCCAAUGUGCUGCAUGUGACAUCCACCAGGGAAUGUCACAGACUGGGCAGGACUGGCCUGGUGGGCAGCACUGAGGGACCAACAGCCCUGGACAGACAGAAGGAAAUGCCAAUUCCUCUGCCUGGUGGGAAUGCUGAGAGGGGAGAACUGCCCUGGAUCACUCCUAGUGCAGGAGAACAUCCCCUCAAUCCUGCAGGAGACCUGAGCAAUGCAUUGCAAGGUUUCCCUGUGAAUGAGGGCUCCAGGGUGGACAUAAGUCUAUGGCAUGAAAAGCCGACAAGCAGCCCAGCCUGUCCAGCUCACAGAUUCCUCACUAGCAGCCUGCAGGGAAAACUCACAUCACAGAGGGAUAAAUGUGGAUUUGAGACUAUUUUGAAAGUUCAGAACCAAGAGGAAAUGGCCAACCCAUCUCGUGGAGAGAGCCUGAGGAUCUGGGACAGCCUGAGCUUCCAGCCCUCUGCCCCUCUGAGCACCAACAGCUUUGAGCAGGACUUGGGUGAGGGAGUUUUUGGUGCCACAGAGCUGGAAGACAAACACAGGAGCCACCUGGACAUUCUGAGGCAAACCUCCCUACUACUGGCUCACAAACUGAAGCUCCAGCAGAAACAGCAGAAAUAUCAGCUUCUGGUGCUGAGGGAGAAAGCAAAGCAAGAGGUUGAGGAAAGCCACAGGUUUUUGAGGGACCUGCUGCAGCUCAGUUCAGAGGACAGCAGGAGUUCCAAAAGCAAUGAUCCUCCUGUGACAGGACCCUACCACGCAGAGCAGACACUGAGAGGACACAGGCUGGAAGGUGACAUUGCUGCUGGCAGUGUUUUGGAAAACCAAGAUAAUACUGGAGCAUCUGCCACAGCAGCAAAGCAGCACAAAAUCCUGAUGGAGCUGAGACAGGAGCAGGCAGAAAUCCAGCACCUGCAAAACAUCCACAGGGCAGCCCAUCAAGAAAGGAAGCUUUUAUUAAAGCAGCAGAGAGAAAUCCUAAUGAUGCAGCAUUCAACAGCACAACUCCAGGAAAAGCUGCACAGUUUGGCUGGGAAAAAGGAGGUUAUUAAGUCAGGGAGUAAAGACAAUUGUGUUCAGCUAAAGCAUAAAAAGAGCAAGAAUUAUGAGGGCUUUUCUACUGAGAACAAGGAGUCACUGGUACAACACCAGAAACAGGUGGAGGAGUUCCUGGGUUUGGAGCAGUCCUUUAAUGCUCAGGAUAAUGUUUUCUUACCUCUGGAAUCUACAAAUUUAGCUGGAAUGGAACCUCUAGCCACACUGACUAGAAGAAAAGAUCAAAAGUGUGUAUUUCUGGAAUCUGUGCUGGAGGAAGAAGGACUUCUUUCAAACCCUGAUCCUAAAAAUCAUGAAGAUAUUAAUCCAUGUGGCAGAAAGUACCCAGAGAAAGGCUUGGGGAUGCUUCCUACUUGGAGUAACUUAUGCCUGGUUCAGGCAGAAAAUACUCUUGAAGGAACAGUUAAAGAAGUGGAAGUGCCUGUCCCUUCUCAGACUCAUCAGGUGGAUUCCAGUCAAUAUUUGAAGCAUUUGGACCGUGUUUCUCAUGAAGCUUGUGAUGAACUAAAUUUAAGAGCAUUUUCUGAAGGAUUAUCUUCCACUGAAUCAUUGUCCAAGUCAAACAACUUCUUUUUGAAAUGUGAAAGUGCCAGAUCAGACUCUCCUCACUCAGAAUUUCAGAAGGUGUCUGCAGUUUUGACCAAUAUCUCAAAAAGUUCCAUUUCAGACCCAGAAUUAGAGCUGAAACACGGAGAGGACACAGAUGUCAGUGUCCCAGAAGAGUUUGUCUGUGCCAGUGGUGAUGUGUUUGCUAAUCUCUCAGAAGAAAUGCCAAUAGCAACAAGCAGUGGAAAAGAAACAUCACCUAGUGACAAACACAACAAACGUGAGCUGCCUGAAGAUGAUGGAGCUGAGACUUCAUCCCUCACCCAGAAAUACCCCGGAGAUGCACUGGAUUGUGUCUGUGCUGAUCACCUGCUUUCCUUCACUCCAGCAGACCAAGAAAAUGCCUCCAGAAUGGAGUCAGAACAUUCCUCCCAGUCUGAAAACCCUUCUGAGGGAGAGGACCAGCCACAAAGCUGCAGCAGAAACAAACCCUGCUCCCAGGAGAUCCCAGCACUGGGGAAUGAUGCAGCUGCCAGCCCUUCAUGCAGCAGUGCAACCUCCAGAGGUGAUGAGGAUGCCUUGUUGGCAAUGCUGUGUCCUGUGGAUGAAGUAUUGUCCUCUGGAAGUGCUGACUUGCCAUCCUUUAAAGAAAAGGAUUUGUCAUUUCCAAGGGAAGAUCUUCCUCCUCCCCCUUUAGGUGCAGCUGCAAUGAGAAAUGGUGAUCCUGCCUCCAGCACAGAUGAUUUUGCUUCUCCACCAGAACAAGUGACAGGAUCAGAGUCUCGUCAGGGCACGGGUGAAGAUCUGUCACUGGAAAUGGAUGCAUUACCCCCAUUACCUGAUAACACCGUGCCUGAGGAAUUUCCCCUGCUCAGUACAGAGACAAGUGGUGCUUUUUCAGCUCAGGAUGGUCGUCUCUCAGAACAAUCUACAUUUACAGCUCUUUCCAGCUGUUUGUCAGAAAACCAGCAUGAAGAACAGGAGAUGCCUUUGCAGAAUUUGGAGUUUCUGCCUAUGUCAAAUACAGAUUCUUCUGAUGGAAGUAAAAGUUCUGAAUUCUUAAUGAAACAAUGCAAAAUGUAUGAAAAGCUGCCCAGUGCUGACCCAUUAUCAUCAUUUGAAAUGGGGGACAGAGUGUUGGUAAAGCAGAGCCAGCCUGAAACUCUCAUGUUCAAAGGCCAGACUCAUUUUGGCAGUGGCCACUGGGCUGGUGUUGCACUGGCCAAAGCUGAAGGUGACAAUGUUGGAACUUGUGAAGAGGUGAGAUAUUUUGAGUAUGCUCAGUACUGUGGGGUGUCUGUCAGACCUGAUGAGAUUUCACACCCAUUGGGGGUGAACAAAAAUAAUUCCAGCUACAUGGGAAAGGAAGACUCUGACUCCUUCCAUGAUGAUGAUGAUGAUGAUGAUGAUAACUCCCUCAAAGGAGACUGCAAAUAUUCUGAAGAUGAUGGGCAGAGAGUGGGGCUUGCAGAGGAGAAAGCAGAAGACACAAACAGUGCAGGAGGUUCUGAAGCGAAAGAAAAGCAGUCUGGGUUACACAGUGCCUCGCUGCCUGGAAAAGGGCAAAAGUUUCCCCAUUCCAACCGGUGUAACCAUGAUGAAUUCCUCUGUCAAAAGAACUUAAUGUGCUUGGGGUCAGAUAAAGAAAAAACAGAACUGACACAAAUAAAACAAAUGAUAUUUGCAGAUGUUCUUCCAAAGAAAAACAAGACAGAUGAGGUAAACACAAGCAAAAAUAUUUGUUGCUUGGUAGAGGAUCAGAAAAGAAUUAAACUUGCUGAUGAUAUUGCAAGUGAACUCAGUAAAAAACUUCUGUUUGACAUUUUAAUUGCAUUUUCUGAAACAGCUCAACACAAAUAUAAAAGUGCCUUUGAAAAAGACAUGAUGAAUUAUGGCAAAGACCUAAGGCAAGAAGACAAUCAGAAACCAUUUCUCCUCAAAGGAAAUUCAGCUGCUGCCUUAUCUGAACCAUCAGUGAAGGUUUCUGAUGUUUUACUGGGUGAUUUUGAUACACUUUGCAUUCAUGAUUGUCACACAGUAACAGACAGAAUUAUAACUAAAUUUAUAGAUGAUGCAGUUAAAGAAUAUAAGAAGAUUAAAAGAAAACACAGAUCAAAAGCAGACAAGGUACUUCAUUUAUCUCCAGAGACUUCUCCAACAACUUUGCCUCUCCUUUUAAAGAUCCUUGAUGCUGGUGUUUUUGGAAGCUCUGAAGAUUUUGAUCAGCCUAAUUCUGACCUAAACAUGCCGGUGAGGCAGACACAAAAGCAAUACUUGUACAAAUUAGACCAGUGGCACUCAGCUCCUUGGAAGAAAACUGUGGAAGUUCCUCUUGUGAUACCACACAACAGUUCUUAUGUUAAAAAUUUGUCUGCAUAUGCUGUGGAAGAAUUAUGGACCCCAGAGAACAUAAAUUCAAAUUUCAGGAACAUCAGCAUGCCAAAGUACUUGGAAUGUAAUGAUCUCUCAGGGAAUGAUUUGGAAGCAGAAAGCAAGAGGAUGUAUAAUCAGGUUGUAUUUGAUUUGAGCCGUGAGCUGCUGUGUGCAGAAUAUCAAGUGACUGCAAAGCCAAAUGUGUUUCCAUGGAUGAAAAAAAAUGUGGGCUCUCACUGUUGCAGGCGUCUCUGCAGAAGGACGGAUGUCAGUGAUGUCAAGACGUUUAUUCAGGGUGAAAUUAUUAAAAUAAUGAGCCUGGAAAAGAAUGACUUAGAAAUGAAAAGAAAAAUCCUAAAUAUGACCAAGUAUGGAAACUGUAAGAGAGACAGAGUGGACCUUAUUCUGAUCCAGGAGCUCCGCAAAGAAGAAGCUCAGUGGACUUCCUAUGGUGAUGAUGAAUUAACAGUGAAGAUGAGGAUGACUGAAGCCAUAUUUGAUAAUUUGAUCCUGGAUACAAUCAGAGUUCUGAAUAAGAUUUAUCUGAAAAAAGCCAGUUUUAAAGGUGGCUGUGCACCAUCUUUUUUCUUUUAAAACACAGUGAAACUGCUUAAAGGGGCCUGGAGAUGUUUCAGAGAGGUGGCACAGGGAAUUGCAGGAUCCAGAGCCAGAUAUUCAGGUUUAAUGUCUAUAAUUUUAUGCAAAUGAGGCAAAUACUGAUGUGAUGCACUUUAAAUUAGAGACUUUUCUAUCAGCACUUUCAUUUCCUAACAAUUAGAUAUGUGCCUGCAAUUGGGUUAUUUAUCAUGCAAUUCACAGGAGCCCAUUGAAUUUUUACAACAUCCAAAUGUGGGGUGCUGAGAAUGUUGUUUAACAGACAAAAGAGAGGAAAUCAAUACUCCUUUUGUAUUGGCAAAACUGGAAAAAAAAUCAAGAUUUUUGACAAGGAAAGAGAAGCAUUUGCUCAGCAUGGUAAUUGUUCACUAUGCUAAUUGCUGUGGGUCCACCUGUUUUGUACUGAGAAAAUCAAAUUUUUGUUAGUUCUUUUUAAAAUAAAUAUAGUGCAAAUAUUUCUUCCUGGAAUUCAGAAACUGAAUUCCAUUAUUGAUUAAUUGCUUGUAAAGAGAUCAGAUUUUUUCUAAUCCUAUUCAUUCAGAGUGUCUUUCAAAUAAAAUUAAAAUCAGGGUCAAUAAUAAAUGUAACUUCUAAAAAUGCAAUACUUAAAAUCUGUUUGGGGGGAAUAGAAUACAUUUUAUGUUAAUAUUUUUAAGUGCUAUUGGCUUAAUUGUUUUUGUACUUGUUUUCUGAAUAAAAUAUUAUAUACAUGGC